GUGACUGCCUGGAUUUGAGUUGGUCAGUGAAGGCCUCAUUGCAGCUUCUGAGCAGAGUCUCAAUCUAAGUAGUAUCUGUUUGACAUACUUCGACUCAGAACAGAGGGAAACAGAGGAAUAAACAGAGCGAGAAAGGGCAAAAAAAACAAAAAAAAACAGGAGUAGGAAGGAAGAAAAAGAAGGGGACAAGAUGACCCAAGAACAGUGCACUCAUAGGAACAAUGUCCAGAGUUCAGAGAAACCCCAAGUGUACAAAGUGGGAAUAUACGGCUGGAGGAAACGCUGCCUUUACUUCUUCGUCCUGCUGUUGAUGAUCCUGAUCCUGAUCAACUUGGCACUAACGAUCUGGAUCCUCAAAGUCAUGAACUUCACAAUAGAUGGCAUGGGCAACCUCAGAAUAACAGAGAAAGGCCUGAAACUGGAGGGGGACUCAGAGUUCCUGCAGCCUCUCUAUGCCAAAGAAAUCCAGUCCAAACCAGGUCGCCCGCUGUUCCUGCAGUCGUCCAGAAAUGUGUCGGUCAAUAUUGUCAACAGCAACAACCAGUUGCUCACACAACUCGUAACAGGAUCCAGUGGAUUUAAAGCGCGAGGCAAGAUGUUUGAAGUCAAAUCCACCUCUGGGAGGCUCCUCUUCUCCGCCGACGAGCAGGAGGUGGUUGUGGGCGCCGAGAGGCUCCGAGUGAUGGGGGCCGAAGGAGCCGUGUUCAGUAAAUCAGUGGAGACGCCGCACGUCAGGGCCGAGCCGUUCAAAGAGCUACGGCUGGAGUCUCCCACUCGCUCUUUGCUGAUGGAGGCUCCUAAAGGGAUCCAGAUCCUGGCCGAGGCCGGAGACAUCCAGGCCAUCUGCAGGAACGAGCUGCGACUGGAGUCCAAAGACGGAGAGAUCUCUCUGGACGCUCGCCGGAUCCGCCUCAUGCGUCUGCCGGAGGGAAAGGCCUCCACCAGCUCCUCAUCCUCGGGUACCAGACAAACCGUGUACGAGGUUUGUGUUUGCCCCAACGGGAGGCUUUUCCUGUCCCAGGCCGGCACCGGAUCCACCUGCCAGAUCAGCAACAAUGUCUGCCUCUAGGACCGCAACGUAUAAUUAUAAAUAAACCCACACCGAAAGACAGACGGCAGGCGAAAAACCCACCGCCCGCCUCUAGGACUGAUUUACAGCAAAAACACGAGAUCAUACAGAAGGACUGCCAGAGCUGAUGGAGACAUCUAAACAAUCAUAGAUACUGUACCUAUACAGACACACCGAUGUAUACACUUUACUAUCACAAAACACUCAAAUUGACAUGUUUUUAAGGCCACUACGAUCAAUUUUUGACUGAAGCUGCCAACAGCCAAUAUUUUGUGCCAAUAUUUAAAAUUAAAUCCCAUAAUUUUCUACGUUUCAGAGCGGAAAAGCCUCUGAAAAUAGCAUUUAAAGCAUCACAGGAAACUAGAAAUCACACACAUCUCUUUAGCAUCUCAGUAACAGAAAGUCAAAUUAAGUUUUCAAGUCGAAUAAGGACAAAAAUAAGAUGUAUUUCAGGUUGGAAGGACUUUUUAAAUGCAGGAACUGUCGUCAUCAUAAAUGUACGGACUAAUAUUUAAUAAGAGCCCAGGGUGGUUAAUCAUAUAUCCCACACACCCACACACACACACACACACACACACACACACACACACAUAUAUAUAUAUAUAUAUAUAUAGGGGAUGCCUCCACAUACAUGCAGACACACACUACACAAAUGAACAAUGGACACACUCUUUUGCUCAUAAAAACCGAAUCUCCUGGUUGAAACCAGAGGAGAGGAAAGUCUCCAGAUUCACUAUAAGAGACACUGAUCUGUUCCCCUUCUCCCUUCAGAACAAUUUAGUACGAGAAUCACUAGGGUGAUCGCCCACGUCGACAGGCCCCGCCCUCUUUCUUCCGCCCUUUUUCAUUUCCCUCUUUUACUUUCUCUUGUUUGUGUGCUGAUAUUUAAAGGACUUGUUUUGGUUUUUAUUCAAUGGUAUAAGCUGAAGAAGGCGCAUUAAAAGCACCUCAUGACAACUGACCGCUCGCUAAAUCCACUUCCUAAAUUAAAACACAUUUCAGUUUUCUGUUCCUCAGCCUCUUAUACUUCAUAUUCACUUUUGAACCAAUGAGUUGAAGCGUUUUGUUGAUCUGGAACUGUUGAUUUCCAGGCUGGAUAUUGAAGUAAAAUCCAAGAAAGAUCUGCUAAAUAUCACUGAUUGCCACUUAGAGGAUAUUACGCAUCAAUAUUGAACAUAAGUUAUAUCCCAGGUACGAAUCAACCCAUGUUGAAAAUAUUAGAUAUGUUUUGGUUAAAAUAUACUGAAACAUGUGGUGCCCGGCACAACAAGCCCCACCCCUCGCAUGUAUUGUAGCUUAUUUUGGCAUCAA